AUUGUGGGUGAUUUUGAGAUGAAUGUAGGAGGAAUUGUUGGUGAUUUUGAGAUAAAUGUAGGGGGAAUUGUGGGUGAUUUUGAGAUAAAUGUAGGAGGAAUUGUGGGUGAUUUUGAGAUAAAUGUAGGGGGAAUUGUGGGUGAUUUUGAGAUAAAUGUAGGAGGAAUUGUGGGUUAUUUUGAGAUGAAUGUAGGAGGAAUUGUUGGUGAUUUUGAGAUAAAUGUAGGAGGAAUUGUGGGUGAUUUGAGAUAA